AUGGUUCGAUUUUUUGAAAAGAAAAAAGUCAUUCGAAAUUUGAAAGGAUUAAAUACUGAAUUAAAUGAAUUAAAAUGUGCAAAUGCUGAUAAGAAAAUUUUGAAAAAGCAUAGAAGGAAGAUUAGACAUGCUGAAAUUGAUUUAUGUUAUGUUUUUUUAUUUCCAAAGACAGAAAAAUACAUUUCAUUAUUUCCAAAUAUAAAAGAAGAAGAUAAAAAAGAUCCAAAUGCUGAAAUUGGGUGGAAGAAAACUGAAAAGCAAAGAUUAGAAUUCAAAAAAGAAGUGGAAAAGAUUUAUGAAGAAGGAAAAUUACCAUUUAAAAUAGAAGAUGUAUUGGUUGGAAAAACUAUAAAGAUUAAUAAUGCAAAGGCUGUAAUAAAUGAAGAAAUAGAUGCUCCACAAGCAAAAGUUGAAGAAGAUGAUGAAUUUUUUGAAUAA